AUGUUCGGUCCGGACGCAGGCAACCCCAACGAUGCUCCUGGGGAGCUUGGCUCUACGGAGCCUUGCACUCAGGAGGCUGAGCAGCAGCAAGCUACGGACGAUGAGUUGCCGAACGUUUUAAAGGAGCUCAAUGUCAUGAAGGCACGUCUUGCUUACUACAUUUCGCUUGGCAGGGUGCCUUGGGAGGCAGCGUGGGCUGCUGAGAUCUACUCGCGUAAGGGCUAUACAGGCAUUAUUCACAAGUUGUUUUCUGACGUUAGCAAAAUUAAUUUGAAUCCAUACGGAGAGGAUGAUAACGAGGAGGUUGCGACUGACCCAGAGAUUGAAGUACUUGUACAAGCAACAUACCCCGCUAGUGACGAUGAGGCUUUUAGUGACAGUGACUACGAGACCGACGUAGAACGAGAUACCGAUGAGUCGUGCGUGGAUGAGGAUUUUGAUGAUGAGGAGGACGAGAAAGAGGAGCAGAAGGGAUGGGCGGCCGCGGCGGCCAAGGCGCUUGGCUUUCGCUGA